UUUGCGGAGGGACCGUAACCUUUGCAUAACACCCGGGGCCGGCGGGGGACGGAGCGGGCACAGCCCGCCGGACCGUCCUGCCCCUGCCACCGGCCGGGCUCCGGGAGCGGCCCGGCUCCUCAGCGGCUGCACCAAACUCCAUGGGAAAUAGCCCAAAGUGCCCCAAAGCCGCGGAGAGGGUGGCAGCAGCUCUGGUUGCACCAUGGCCGAGCCCAAGUGUGUGUGUGUUUCUGUGGACGAGGUGGUCUCCAACGGCACCGACACCCAGGACAUCCACCUCAUCAAUGGACACUUGAAAAAAGUGGACAAUGCUCUGACAGAAGCUCACAGGUUCUCCUACCUGCCCCGCAGGCCUGCUGUGAACAUUGAGUUCAAAGAACUGUCCUACUCCAUCCAGGAAGGGCCGUGGUGGAGAAAGAAAGGUUAUAAGACCCUUUUGAAAGGAAUUUCAGGGAAGUUCAGCAGUGGAGAACUCGUUGCAAUUAUGGGACCUUCAGGAGCUGGGAAGUCAACACUGAUGAAUAUUCUGGCAGGAUACAGAGAGACGGGGAUGAAAGGAGAAAUCCUCAUCAACGGGCAGCCGCGCGACCUGCGCUCCUUCCGCAAGGUCUCCUGCUACAUCAUGCAGGAUGACAUGCUCCUUCCUCACCUCACUGUCCAGGAGGCCAUGAUGGUAUCUGCUCAUCUGAAACUUCAAGAGAAAGAUGAAGGGAGGAGAGAAAUGGUGAAGGAAAUCCUGACAGCCCUUGGUUUGCUGACCUGUGCCAACACGAGGACUGGGAGCCUCUCUGGGGGCCAGAGGAAACGCCUGGCCAUUGCUCUGGAGCUGGUGAACAACCCCCCUGUCAUGUUCUUUGAUGAACCCACCAGUGGCUUGGACAGUGCAUCAUGUUUUCAGGUGGUCUCUCUGAUGAAGGCUUUGGCCCAGGGUGGCAGAUCCAUCAUCUGCACGAUUCACCAGCCCAGUGCAAAGCUGUUUGAGCUCUUUGACCAGCUCUAUGUUCUAAGUCAAGGUCAGUGCAUUUACCGUGGGAAGGUAACAAACCUUGUCCCUUACUUGAGAGAUUUGGGGCUGAAUUGUCCAACCUACCACAACCCAGCAGAUUUUGUGAUGGAGGUGGCCUCGGGCGAGUACGGGGACCAGAGCAGCCGCCUGGUCAGGGCGGUCAGGGAGAGGAUUUGUGACUCCGACUACAAGAGAGACGUGCCUGGGGAGCACGAGCUGAACCCCUUCCUGUGGCACCGGCCCUCUGAGGAGGACUCCUCCUCCACGGAAGGCUGCCACAGCUUCUCUGCCAGCUGCCUCACCCAGUUCUGCAUCCUCUUCAAAAGGACUUUCCUCACCAUCAUGAGGGACUCGGUCCUGACACACCUGAGGAUCACCUCGCACAUUGGCAUUGGGCUGCUCAUCGGAUUGCUCUACUUGGGCAUUGGCAAUGAGGCCAAGAAAGUCCUCAGCAACUCGGGGUUCCUCUUUUUCUCCAUGCUGUUCCUCAUGUUUGCUGCUCUCAUGCCCACUGUCCUCACCUUUCCCCUUGAGAUGGGAGUAUUUCUCAGAGAGCAUCUGAACUACUGGUACAGCCUGAAAGCCUAUUACCUGGCCAAGACCAUGGCUGAUGUUCCUUUCCAGAUCAUGUUCCCCGUGGCCUACUGCAGCAUCGUGUACUGGAUGACCUCCCAGCCCUCGGACGCGCUGCGCUUCGUGCUCUUCGCCGCCCUGGGCACCAUGACGUCCCUGGUGGCUCAGUCCCUGGGCCUGCUCAUAGGGGCAGCCUCCACGUCCCUGCAGGUGGCAACCUUUGUGGGCCCAGUUACUGCCAUCCCAGUCCUGCUGUUCUCUGGGUUUUUUGUCAGCUUUGACACCAUCCCAACAUACCUCCAGUGGAUGUCCUACAUUUCCUAUGUCAGAUACGGGUUCGAAGGCGUCAUCCUCUCCAUCUACGGACUGGACCGAGAAGAUCUGCACUGUGACAAAGAUGACACCUGCCACUUCCAAAAAUCAGAGGCCAUCCUGAAAGAACUGGACGUAGAAAAUGCCAAACUUUACCUGGACUUCAUCGUUCUUGGGAUUUUCUUCUUCUCCCUGCGCCUGAUUGCCUAUUUUGUGCUCAGAUACAAAAUCCGAGCGGAGAGGUAAAGGAGGAGCAGCUGAACCGAGGCAGUAGGAGAACUUUAGACAUCAAAUAGAGGGCACUUGACAUUGUCUCACUGUGUCAGGCUGGUCCCCAGGCUGGGGACAGCCAGAUGCUGUCCUGACCGAGCCCACGGAGAGCCACAAUGGGAUAGUGGACAUCCAGUGUUAAGCCAAUCAGUCCAGUUGGGUUGGGUCAUGUUUUCAUUACACUUUCUAGCUUUAACUAGGAAGAAGAACUAUAGAAGGGAAUUUUACACCACAGGAUAUCAAUGCAGAGGCAGUGUAACUGUCACAAGAAACCUGGCUGCAGGAGCUUUCCUUAUGAAAACCAAUUUUGGGAUAAGGUCUCCAGGAUCCUGGUGGCCAGAAUAGUGUCAUGUCAUCUCUAGUUGACAAGGUAGUGAGAUGCAAAAUGAGAAAUGCAAAGAAAAUAAGAUUAUCUCAUCUUUUUAAAUUUCAUCUUUGCAGUUUUCUAUGUAUUAUUUUGCAAUUCUUUUCCACAGAAUUACCCCCUUCUAGCUAAAAGUCUGUAAAUGUAUUAAUAAGGUAAAGAUAUCUUUUUAAUAUGGAUACUUUUUUAAAAAGAAACCUAAAGCGAUUCAAGUAAUUAUUUUUGUUUCUGUCUGAAUUUAGAAUUCUGGUGCUUUACUUGUCGAGCUGGUCUCAUAUCUGAAAACUGUAAUGAUAGGAAGAAAAGGCAGAUUCUGAAUCUGCAUUAACCUGUGGUCCCAAUUGGAAGCAGCACUGGAUAGCACAUGCAGUUAGACAUGGUCAAGCUGCCACUGAAUGGUUGAAAAAAAUAUUCUUUUGCAGUGUCUUUAAAUCCUUAGUAUUUGUGAUAUUUUGGGAUACUAGCUCUGUUCAUUAUCUGUUUGAUCUACCUCCUGCCACUGAAAAAAAAAAUCAAAGCACUCCAAGGCUUAUUUUUAAUGAAAUUGUGCAAGCAGGAUCUGUCCCUAAAGUGAUUGUUAAAGGAGUGCAAGAGCUGUCCACAGAUCAAAGCUUGGGCUGCUGUGUUGAAACACCUGUGGCUGGCUCAUCCAGAGUUGUUCAUUGCAUCUGCAACACCCUCUGUGUGGGACCCUCCCAAAAACACACAGAUGACCCUGAAACGCUGCAGCUCUCAUUGUGCCAGGCAGUUUUGUCCUCAUCCCUAGGUCUCCAGGCACAGCAUGAGAAUCAAUUGCUCUGAACACCAAUGAAAAUGUUAUUUUGGGUAUCUCACCUCUGUGAAUUUGGCAGGGGCAAUUCUGGUUCCAAGCUGAUGUGAAUUUUCAUGAGUUUGAUUUUUUUUGGGUUUCAUUUUUUCCAUCAAAAUGAAUCCACCAUCCUCAUGCCGGACACCUUGGUGAGCUUUUGUGCAAAUAGCAGGGCUUUCUGCCACAACUGUGAAUUUACCUGGGUGUCCCAGAGGCCUGAAUGCUCUGUAAAUGCAUUAUUCCCAUCAGGAUGCUGAACUCUUGCAGGUUGGAGGCAGCCCAAUGUCAGCCAACCCUUGAGGAGCUCAUGGCAGCAGGGUAGAUAAGAGGGACCUGGUGCAUCUUCUGGCUCCCAGCAGUCCAAAAUCCACAAACUUUUCCAAGACUCCGUGGCUGUGUCUAUCCUAGUGAAAUAAAUAGGCUGCUGUGUUAAAACACCUGUGGCUGCUUCAUCCAGAGGUGUUCAUUGCAUCUGCAACACCCUCUGUGUGGGACCCUCCCAAAAACACACAAAUGACCCUGAAACGCUGCAGCUCUCAUUGUGCCAGGCAGUUCUGUCCUCAUCCCUAAGUCUCCAUGCACAGCAUGAGAAUCAAUUGCUCUGAACACCAAAGAAAAUGUUAUUUUGGGUAUCUCACCUCUGUGAAUUUGGCAGGGGCAAUUCUGGUUCCAAGCUGAUGUGAGUUUUCAUGGGUUUGGAUUUUCAGCCUAAAAUGAACCCACGGUGCUCAUGUUGGACACUUUGGUGAGCUUUUGUGCAAAUUGCAGAGCUUUCUGCCAGAACUGUGAAUUUAUCUGGGUGUCCCAGACCCCUGAGUGAGGCCUGAAUGCUCUGUAAAUGCAUUAUUCCCAUCAGGAUGCUGAACUCUUGCAGGCUGGAGGCAGCUCAGUGUCAGCAAAGCCUUGAGGAGCUCAUGGCAGCAGGGUAGAUAAGAGGGUCCUGGUGCAUCUUCUGGCCCCCAGCAUUCAAAAAUCCACAAACUUUUCCAAGACUCUGUGGCUGUGUCUAUCCUCAUGAAAUAAAUAGUGCCAGGCCCAGCUCUGUUAGUCCUCAAACAGCUGGGGUUAACAGGAAUGGGCCCUGCACUGACUUUUACACAGCCCAAACACUGUCUGCAAAAGCUCUGGCUCUGCUGGGCUGCAGCUUUCCCAUUUAGCAGGGAAGAAAAUUGUUUCCCAGUUUUCCUGGCCCAUGUCCAGGCUCUGUUUGAUUUACCAAUACAGACACAGACUGCAUGUAUCUGUUAAACUCAGGACAUCUGAACCAAGCCUGGGGUCUGGAAGGCUUUAAAUCAAGUCCCAUGUUUUUAGGAAGGCUGGCUGAAAUUUCCCUGAAAAUAAGGUUUUCCUGUGAAAGCAAAAUCAAUCUUUACUGUUGAAAAAAAAAACCCAAAUUCCUUGUAUAAUUUGGGCCUCUUUGCAUAAUUUUUUUUGCUGUUCUUUCUCUAAAAGCUUUUGUACAGCUCUGCAGCUUUUCCAGACAUAAUCACGAGCAGGUACAAGCCUAUAUGGCUGUCAGAUUUGAGAAAUAAAGAAUUUGAGCUAUUCCAAAUAAUACUCAUAGCUGUGAGCAGUUUUUAAACAAGGCACAGGCUGAAAUCCCUUUAGCACAACGUGCCUUGGUUAUUUCAAGACUCUCAGCAUAUUUGUGACUGUGACAGGCAGUUCAAACACUUUUUGCAAGCAGACAAAGACAUUUGCCAAAUUCCUCUUGGCUUACAGACUUGUGCUCCAAGCUGAGGUCGAAGAGUGUGACAUCCCUGGCACUGAGCACCUUCAGGGUUGAUGUUUUUUGUGUUUACCAGCUCCAUUUACCAAAUACACCCUGACAAUCCCUGCAGUGCUCCAGAUGAGGUGACUUUGCUCCAUUCCCACACUGACAUCUUGCAGGAUGCUGCUCUCUCCCAUCUAGACCAGUUUUAGCUGUAUGAAUUCCUUGGAUGCUGUCUUGUUGUCUGUGCCUGUUCCUCUGGUUUCAGACUGUCUCAUUUUAUGUUUUUAGCCUCCAGCAUGUCCUCCUGUACUAUAAAUUUGUGUUGUGUUACGGCAGCCAAAAAUCUGGUCCUCCACGGGUGUUCCUGAGAAAAUUCCUGCUCUGGGAAUAUUUUUGUCGCUCCUUUUAUUGUUAGAUAUGCUUUUUCCAGCCUUCAGCUGGCAGCAUUUAGAUGGAAGUUACUAUUCUUAGAAAUGCUUUCAGGCUGUAGUAUCCCAGUAAAGAAGUAAUUCUCUGGAGACUCAGUGAUACACAUAGAUGAGAUAAUUUUUUCUCUCCCUCACUCACAAAUUAACUGAUGAUCUCUCUUUUAUCACUGCUUUGGGACAGAAGCAUUUAAAAUCCAUCCCAAUUAUGUCUUCAUCUACUGCAGAGAUUUUUAAUGUAGUCUCAGGUUGGCUUUUUUUCUCUUUGUUUGGAGAUAAAUUCUAACAGGCUGGUACAAAACACACCCCCAGGUUAAUGGGCUGAGCAGGUGCUCUUGUUGUUAGCAGCACUUAGGGAAGCUCUGGAGGCUUCACUUGGAAGAAUAACAAGGCCAGCAAGAUUCUGAAGGCUUCAAAUGCUCAAUUUUUCAAACCUUCAGUUUUAUAGCCAUAUAUAAAGAGCCAUAAACUCUCUGAAAUCAAUGCCACUAUUACCAUUUGAACCAGCCACAGCCUGGCUAAAGAUUGUAUAAGAGGCUAAAGGUUUCACUUGGAAACUGAAUGUAUGAUUUUUGUUGGGAUUGCAGGAAGACUUUAAUGUCCUGUUGGCCUCCUUACUCUAUUUUAACUUGUUUUGAGAUGUUGCUUUGCUUACUGUGUGCAUUAGUUAAGCCUCUAGGUCCUUCACACUUCUUUUUUUGUUUUUCUUCGUGGAAACUUGCAUAUGAUCUGAAAAACCCUGAAGGCUGUUAAAAAUAACUUGAGGCAUUAUUAUUUACAAUUAAAUAAAAGAUUUGGAAAGCAGAUCCUACUCUUAAAAAUCGAGAAGGUUCCAUUGUUGCAGAUCAAAAUCAGAGGCCAUCCUGAAAGAACUGGAUGUAGAAAAUGCCAAACUUUAUCUGGUCAAAGGGAGUGGAAGGACACUGGUGCUGAAAUCCUUCAGCUCUCAGAAUUUGGAGCACAAAGUACCUAUUUUAAUUAAAAGAGGGGAAUAUGUGCACAUGUACCAGGGAGAGCUGGUUAUGUAAGUGGGAGAUAAUGAACCUGAGUCCAAGAACUGGAUGUCUCAGGUGAUUGGCAGUUCUGUCCACACUUCUGUGGCAAACUCUGUGUUCUCAGCAGGAAGGAAUGUUUUAUUAAUCACUUGUUUCUGUCAGGAAGUGUGGUACAUCCUGACCUGUGCCACCCCAGUGAUCCUCACAGAGGUGACCUAUUUACACAGUGCUGGCUGGAUUUUGGGGUUCUGAGAAUUGGGGAAGGCCAGCAAAGCUGAUAUCCUGGUGGGAAUCUGUUAUACAGACCACCCAGCCAGGAUGGAGAGGUAGAUGAAAUGUUCCAUGAGAAGUCUUUUGAUCAAUGCCCCUUUUCCUGUGGGAGACUUUAACUUGCCAAAUGUCUGCUGGAAACACAGCACAGCAGAGAGGAAAAAAAUCCAGGAGGUUCCUGGGUUGUGUGGGAGGUAAUUCCUCACCCUGAUGAGGGAACCAGGCCCUGGUGAUGCCCCUCUGGCCCUGUGGGUGAGCAGAGAAGGGCUGGUGGGUUGUUGGAGGUGCUUUUGGGCACAGUGAACAUGAAGUGAGAGGUUUUGGUUCUUGGGGAGAGGUUUUGAGGUGAGAGGUUCUGGUUCUUGGGGAGAGGUUUUUAGGUGAGAGGUUCUGGUUCUUAGGGAGAGGCUUUUAGGUGAGAGGUUCUGGUUCCUGGGGAGAUGGAGGGGUGGCAGCAGAACUUUGCAGGGCAGACUGUGCUUGAGAGCUGGGCUGGCAGAGCCCCUUGGGAGGCAGCCCUGAAGGGCUGAGAGGUCCAGGCAGACACAGAGAUUCUUAAGGAGGAAUCCUAAAGGCACAGCAGGAGCAGGCCAUCCAUGCCCAUGUGCUAAAGGACAUCCAGAGGGGCAGAAGGCCUGGCCUGGCUGAGCAUGGAGCUUUGGCUGGAGCUCAGGGAACAAAACAGGGUGUGUGACCUUUGGAAGAAAGGGCAGGCAGCCCAGCAGGGCUACAGGGACACUGUGAGGUUAUUCAAGGAGAAAUUAGAAGGGCCCAAGCCCAACUAGAACUUAAUCUGGCUACUGCUGCAAAAGACAGUAAAAAAUAUUUCUGUGAAUACAGCACUAAGGAGAGUCUCCAUCCUUCCUUGGAUUUCCUUUAUUUCCUACCAGAACAGCCCCACGGGGUGCAGCUGCUCAGGAAUUUCUGUGUGCACAUCCAUUUAUAAUGCAUGAUCAUGUGAGAAGCUGUUGGGAGCUUGAAGCAGGCAGAAAAUGACACCUGUGUCAUGUCCUGUGUGACAGCUUGUGGCAGGCUGGUCACUGCAGUGCCACACAGCUCUGGGGAGUGCAUUCAGAGAGUGCUGAGUGCCUCUGGAGCCCGUCAGGAGCUCUGCCAUUUGGGAAUAGGGGCAGUGGCAUUUCCAGGGAUCGACUCCUGCUGCCCUCCUCCCAAAUUCCUGUUCCCAUAACCCACAGAGGGGUUGGUGUGGGGGAUCCCACUGAGUGAUUUCUGUCAGCCCACAUAGCACUCUUCAUAUCACAUGUCUAAAAGUUUCAGUUUUGAGCCUGCAAACAUGGCAAGUUUCAUUUUAAUUCUGUUUAAUGCUUUAUUUCUGUGUCUGUACGUAUUUCACCUAGAGUUUCUGAAGGAGUAAUUGUACUGUAGAGCACAAAAUUUAGCUGCAGUCUUUUUGUUAUUUUGAAAUCUUACUAAGAAUGAUAAUUUUAUGCAGUUGUCAGCUGUAGAAUCUCUUUCUUUAAGAGAUUUAGACCAGCCAGGAUGUGUCUCCUGUGGCACAAAACGUGGCCGUGGCUCAGCCUGCAUUCUCUGCACUGGCUGUGCCUUCAGGACACAUCCAGUUUUUCCUGGUUCUUUUUCUUUUGUUUUUUUUUUUCCCCCUGGGGGCUCCCAUGCAGCUCAGCCCAUUCCCAUCAAUGGCUUUUGUCCCUUUUUUCUGGCUGUUCAUGGCUGCUGUCCAGUGGGGUGUGAGAAUGAGCUGCUUGGGGAGAGCACAGGGUGGGUAAAGGUGGAGGAUUUUGAAGCAUCCUUGAGCUACCCCAACGUGCUGGAUCUCUGUGUGUGCUUCACUCAAAAAAAUUAAAAAAUGUCUUUUUCAGCAGAUUGCAAGGCAACAUGGAGGCUUCUGCUUUUAAAGGUUGAUGGGGUUUUAUACUUCAGUGGCAUCUGUGAUGUCUCUUUUUUGACCCUGUUGUAGCAUAUUUUAGUGGCCCAUUUAAGGUAAUCAUUAUGCAAACUCCUGUUACUUCCAGAAACAAACUUUCCUGGCCUCAGCGAUAAUUAUACCAACUUUCCAAAUGUGAAUUAGUUGUUGAACAGUUUUUUUUUUUUAAACAUGGAAAAAAUUCUCCUAAAUUAUGGCAAAAGAAAAUUAAAUUUGAGACAAUUACACUGAUAAACUUAAAAGAAGAAGAUAACAAGUCCUGCAGUGGGGCCAAGCCUUCACCUGUGUCAGUGAAGAUUUAUCAAAUACCUUUUCUGAGUCAGCUGACCUUAUUGUGAGAUCCUGCCCUUGAACCUGUUACUGAAUUAUUUAACAUUUGGUUCUUUUGUUUUUCAAAGCAAGAGUCAAUGCAAGGUAUGAUUUUAAAAUCAGCGUGCUAAAGUGUGCAUAUUCUGAAUAUCUAAUAUGUCAUUGUUGUCUCUUGUUUCUGUAAUGCAUUUGCAUUACUAUGAAUCAAUUUUAUUCUGCUUCUCUAGAGACUAUUGCUGCCUGCACGCUGUGAUAUAUUUGCACUGUUGUAGAUAUAUAUAUACAGAUAUUGUAAUUAUAUUAUACAAACCAUGUCUUUUUCAGGUUGCUUGUUACCUUUGUAGUUUAUGCUUCCUGGUACAGUGGACCUGAGUAAAAAUGUGGGAUGUGGGGCAUUCUGAUGAUAUAUUACAGUAAUAGAGAAAUCUUUGUAUAUUUCUGUAUACUUAAUACCUGUAAGAAGAGAUUUGUAUGUGCAUUAUUUUCCAGACUUAGGGCUUUGUUUUCUGAGACUAGAGAACAUUUAUGAUAAUGUAACACACACACACACACAGAGAAAAAAAUCAAAUAAAGUGUUAUUAUUUUCAGA